CGAGAUCUGCUCGACGCCGGCGCUUGAGGGCUGCUUGAAUACUGAUCGCAGAGCCCUGCUCCCCUUCACUACUCCUCCUACCUCAUCUUCUCCAGCUGCCCGAUUGCGUCAAUUCUGUUCACUGUCCUUCCACAUCCGAGAAUAAGCUCUGCUCACCUUCCUCUAAGUCAAUUGACCUUCCUCGCUUGCUGUUGGGGUCUUUCUGUACUAUUUUACUACUCUCAGGCCCCACUAUAUCCUACACUCCACCCUCCAACUUUUACAAUACUUGUUUCCUGUCACACAAGUCCUCACGCCAUCACCGCCAUGGAGCCCUCCGAUUCGCGAAUACAGAGCCACUCUGACCCUCGAUAUGCCGAGUUCCGCUCGCUGCCAGAUGGCACCAUGAGAGACGGAAAGCUUGCGUUGAACAAGUACUCGAGUGUGCUCACAAACGACCAUGACUUCCCCGGCGCCCAGGCAAUGCUUUACGCCGCCGGCGUGCCUGAUCGCCAAUCCAUGAAGACAAGUCCCCACGUUGGAGUCGCAAGCGUGUGGUGGGAAGGAAAUCCUUGCAACAUGCAUUUGCUGGACCUCGGAAAGGCCGUGAAAGAUGCAGUUCAGAAGCAGGGCAUGCUGGCCUGGCAAUACAACACGAUUGGCGUCUCCGAUGGCCUCACAAUGGGCGGUGAAGGCAUGCGCUUCUCGCUUCAAACUCGCGAGAUUAUUGCCGACAGCAUCGAGACCGUCACCUGCGCCCAGCAUCAUGAUGCCUGCAUUGCUAUUCCCGGAUGCGACAAGAACAUGCCCGGCGUUAUCAUGGCAUUCGCGAGACACAAUCGUCCCUCGGUCAUGGUCUAUGGUGGCACCAUCAUGCCCGGCUACAGCGAGACACUCCGCAAGCCCAUCAACAUCAGUUCAUGCUACGAGGCGCAAGGUGCCUAUGUUUACAAGACCCUGAGCAGUCCACAUAAUCCCAAAAUCACUCCCGAUGAGAUUAUGGAAGACUUUGAGAAGCACGCCUGUCCUACUAUUGGAGCUUGUGGAGGUAUGUACACGGCGAACACCAUGUCGACGUGCAUCGAAGCCAUGGGCUUUUGUCUUCCAAACUCGUCCUGCACUCCCGCUGCAGCACCCGCCAAGAUGCGAGAGUGCGCGAAAGCGGCUGCCGCAGUCCAGGUGUGCAUGGAGAAGAACAUCCGCCCAAAAGACCUACUCACCAAAGCUUCUUUCGAGAAUGCGCUAAUCAUGAUGAUGAUUCUUGGAGGCUCCACCAAUGCUGUCUUGCAUCUCCUCGCCAUGGCCGGCACGGCAGAAGUCCCACUCUCUCUUGACGACUUCCAGCGUGUGUCCAACAAGAUCCCUCUCCUUGCGGACCUCGCGCCCUCUGGCAGGUUCUACGUUGCUGACCUAUACGACAUUGGUGGUAUCCCAUCCGUCAUGAAGCUCCUCUGUGCAGCCGGCCUGAUGAACGGCGAUAUCAUGACCAUCACUGGUAAGACCUUGGCCGAGAACAUCGAGUCUUUCCCAUCCCUGGCACAAGGCCAGGAAAUUAUCCGAUCACUCGACAACCCCAUCAAAUCUACUGGCCACAUCGAGAUCCUGCGAGGUAAUCUCGCACCCACUGGUGCUGUCGCCAAGAUCACUGGCAAGGAAGGCACCAAGUUUGUUGGCAAGGCGCGCGUCUUCGAUAAGGAGGUGGAGCUCGACGAAGCCCUAAAUGAGGGCAAGAUCCCACGCGGGGAGAACCUCGUACUCGUUGUUCGAUAUGAGGGACCCAAGGGUGGCCCUGGUAUGCCGGAGCAGCUAAAGGCAUCUGCCGCGCUUAUGGGUGCGAAGCUCACUAACGUCGCGCUCAUCACCGAUGGCCGAUACAGCGGUGCUAGCCAUGGCUUCAUCGUUGGUCACAUCUGCCCCGAAGCUGCCGUUGGAGGACCGAUCGCCGUGGUGCGCGAUGGAGACAUCAUCACGAUUGACUCGGAAAAGAACUUGAUCGACAUGAACGUGUCGGACGAGGAGAUCAAGAAGCGGCUCGCUGAGUGGACUCCGCCCAAACCGAAAAUCACUCGCGGUGUCUUGGCCAAAUAUGCCGCCUUAGUUGGAGAUGCAUCUCACGGAGCUAUGACCGAUCUCUUCUAAGCCUCUAUGGACGCAUAUGGCAUGGACUUCUAACGAUAUACUGCCUUGCGAUGCCAAAGACACGGGAUCUGGAUUCCAGGUCUAACUCUUUGGGUCAUCUUUUAUGUUCUGCUUUUGCUAUAUUAUCCUUUUCUACAACAGGAACUGCAUACCUCCAAAAAUUCCCUUAUAGAUUAGUCUCCCUUAUUUACUCUAUUCCCAGUGUCCAUCCUCCACCAAUAGCAUUUCCAAAUUUUUGCUUCUCGCGGCCUUCUAGCGGCAGGACGGGAAGUGGAAAGACACAUGGGGGCGCUGGGUUAGGGUCAUGCAUGCGAAGCCUGGAGUAGGGGCGUAGGGCACUUAGACAAAAGCAUAACUAGGGAAAAUUUGAAUCUUUGAUACUUACACG